AGAAACAGGCGGACAGCUGGACGCUUAAAUCAGAGGUCUUUUUAAAUACUCAAAGUGCUUGCUGCUAAACCUGGACGUGGGUGUGGCCUGUUUCGUAACGUCCAUCGUCGGCAAGGCGUGACUAAGCAAUUCCAACCGCUUCAGGGAAACAAAUGAUAAUCAUGGCGUCCUGACGUCUUCGGCAGAGUUUUGUUAUCCAGCGCUGAAGUAUGCAGAAAUGUGUUAGCCGGUGGACCUCUACAGCGCUUUAUCUUCCGGUUUUAUGAUAUUAUCCACUGUUUUCAUUCGAGCUAUUAGACGUGUUUCGACUCUGUCAGAAUGAGUGAUCCAGCUGUAAAGAGGGUAGUGAGCGAUAUCAUUCGUUCUCCAGAAGACAAACGAGAGUAUCGAGGACUUGAGUUUACUAAUGGGCUGAAAGCCGUUCUCAUCAGUGACCCCACCACUGACAAAUCAUCCGCCGCACUGGAUGUACACAUAGGUUCUUUGUCAGAUCCCGAGAACAUUUCAGGACUGGCCCACUUCUGUGAGCACAUGCUGUUUCUGGGAACCAAGAAGUACCCCAAAGAGAACGAGUACAGCCAGUUCUUGAGUGAGCACGCCGGCAGCUCCAAUGCCUUCACUAGUGGAGAGCACACCAAUUACUACUUUGAUGUAUCCCAUGAGCAUCUACAAGGGGCUUUGGACAGAUUUGCCCAGUUCUUUCUCUGUCCACUGUUUGAUGAGAGCUGUAAGGACCGAGAGGUGAACGCAGUGGAUUCAGAACAUGAGAAGAAUCUCAUGAAUGACGCAUGGAGGCUGUUUCAAUUGGAGAAAGCCACUGGGAACCCUAAACAUCCUUUUAGCAAGUUUGGCACUGGCAAUAAGUUAACCCUUGAGACAAGGCCAUCUCAACAGGGCAUUGAUAUCCGUGAGGAGCUGCUCAAGUUUCACUCCACUUAUUAUUCCUCUAACCUUAUGGGGUUGUGUGUGCUGGGCAGAGAGUCACUGGAUGAUUUGACAUCUAUGGUUGUAAAGCUUUUUGGAGAGGUUGAGAACAAGAAUGUCCCUCUCCCAGAAUUCCCAUCACACCCUUUCCAGGAAGAACACCUGAGGCAAUUUUAUAAAGUGGUGCCCAUCAAGGACAUUAGAAACUUGUAUGUGACCUUCCCUAUCCCAGACCUGCAGAAGUACUACAAGUCAAAUCCAGGUCAUUAUCUAGGCCAUCUGAUUGGACAUGAGGGUCCAGGGAGUCUUCUUUCUGAGCUCAAAGCUAAAGGAUGGGUUAACACUCUAGUCGGAGGCCAGAAAGAAGGAGCCAGAGGAUUUAUGUUCUUCAUUAUUAAUGUGGACUUGACAGAAGAGGGGCUGUUGCAUGUCGAGGAUAUCAUCUUCCACAUGUUCCAGUAUGUUCAGAAGCUGCGGACAGAGGGCCCUCAAGAGUGGGUCUUUCAAGAGUGUAAGGACUUGAACACUGUGGCUUUCCGAUUUAAGGAUAAGGAACGUCCUCGUGGAUACACGUCUAAAGUGGCUGGAUUAUUGCAUUACUAUCCGCUGGAGGAAGUCUUGGCUGCUGAAUACUUGCUGGAGGAGUUCAGGCCAGAUUUGAUCGAGAUGGUGCUUGAUAAACUAAGACCAGAGAAUGUCAGGGUUGCUGUUGUCUCUAAAUCAUUUGAAGGUCAGACAGACCGCACUGAGGAGUGGUACGGCACACAGUAUAAACAGGAAGCUAUUACUGAUGAUGCUAUUAAGAAAUGGCAAAAUGCAGACCUUAAUGGAAAGUUUAAACUGCCAAUGAAGAACGAAUUCAUCCCGACAAAAUUUGAGAUUUAUCCUCUAGAAAAGGAUUCCCCAUCUGUCCCUACUUUGAUAAAGGACACCGCAAUGAGCAAAGUUUGGUUCAAGCAGGAUGACAAGUUUUUCCUACCCAAGGCUUGUUUAAACUUUGAGUUUUUCAGCCCGUUUGCGUAUGUGGACCCGUUGCAUUGUAAUAUGGCGUAUUUGUACCUUGAGCUGCUCAAGGAUUCCCUGAACGAGUAUGCAUAUGCAGCCGAGCUAGCAGGCCUGAACUAUGACCUUCAAAAUACCGUCUAUGGGAUGUAUCUGUCAGUCAAGGGUUAUAAUGACAAGCAGCACAUCCUGCUGAAGAAGAUCAUCGAGAAAAUGGCCACCUUUGAGAUCGAUGAGAAGCGCUUUGAUAUCAUUAAGGAAGCGUACAUGAGGUCUCUAAAUAACUUCCGCGCUGAGCAGCCUCACCAGCAUGCCAUGUAUUACCUGCGACUGCUCAUGACUGAGGUGGCCUGGACCAAAGACGAGCUCCGAGAUGCUCUGGAUGAUGUGACGUUACUUCGUCUGAAGGCGUUCAUACCGCAGCUGUUGUCAAGGUUACACAUUGAAGCCCUGCUGCAUGGCAACAUCACCAAACAGUCUGCUCUGGGCAUGAUGCAGAUGUUGGAGGACACUCUCAUUGAGCACGCUCACACUAAACCCCUCCUGCCGAGUCAGCUUAUUCGCUACAGGGAAGUGCAGGUACCUGACGGUGGUUGGUAUGUUUACCAGCAGAGGAAUGAAGUUCAUAAUAACUGUGGAAUCGAGAUUUACUAUCAGACUGACAUGCAAAACACCCAUGAGAACAUGCUGCUGGAGCUCUUCUGUCAGAUCAUCUCUGAGCCAUGCUUCAACACGCUACGCACCAAAGAACAGCUGGGUUACAUUGUGUUCAGCGGUCCCCGCAGGGCCAAUGGAGUGCAGGGGCUGCGUUUCAUCAUCCAGUCUGAAAAAGCUCCUCACUACCUGGAGUCUCGGGUGGAGGCCUUCCUCAAGAUGAUGGAGAAAAGUGUGGAUGAGAUGGGAGAAGAAGCGUUUCAGAAACACAUUCAGGCACUAGCUAUUCGCCGCCUUGACAAACCUAAGAAGCUGGCGGCCGAAUGUGCCAAGUACUGGGGAGAAAUCAUCUCUCAACAGUACAACUUUGACAGGGAUAAUAUUGAAGUGGCUUACCUGAAGACACUGACAAAGGAACACAUUAUGCAGUUUUACAGGGACUUGUUGGCCAUUGAUGCCCCCAGAAGACACAAAGUGUCUGUGCAUGUGCUGUCUAGAGAGAUGGACUCCUGUCCACUGGUUGGAGAGUUUCCUGCUCAAAAUGAUGUCAAUCUCGCUCCUGCUCCUUCACUUCCUCAGCCAUCAUUGGUUCAGGAUAUGACUGAGUUCAAAAGGAGUCUGCCGCUGUUCCCUCUCACCAAACCUCACAUCAAUUUCAUGGCUGCCAAACUGUGACCAGCAUCAUUGGAUUGUCAGAGACACCCAAACAUAUGGAGCCAGUAACACCGUUGUGUGUGUGUGCGUGUGUGUGUGUGUGUGUGUGUGUGUGUGUGUGUGUGUAAGCAGGCAAGGCCACUACGGAGCCGCUUGCAACAUUUUAGUUGUGUUCUGCAUCAGACAUGCAGACCCGAUAUCUCAUAGAUGCAUAGAAAACAUUCAAUGUUUGUUUCAUGUUGCUUCUGUCAGGAAAUUUGUAUCCCUAUUUAAUAUAGGAAUCACUCGCUGGCCACGACGACACUUUCUCAUUGUUCAGUUUCAUUUCAAAAUGCUGUUUCAUUUAUACACCUGUUAAAACCACAAGAAACCGUUUGGAGAGGCUGUAUUUUAUCAAGAUAUGUCUCUCUUUAAAUGAAAUAACUGGCCUUAAGAUGAUUUUAAUCAGUGAUCAGGUUUUCUGGCACUUUUUUUUUCUUAAGUUUAAUUUAAAUCGAUUAUUCGCUUUGAGUUGUUUUUAGUUUCUGUGCAUGUUGGCAGAGUUUUAUCUUUAAGGAUAGUGUUGUAAAUGCAAGGUGGUUAACUUGAUGGACUUUGAUUUUACUUGCGGUUGAAGAAAUAUCAUAAUAAACAAUUUUAAUAUCAUUUCAUUUGCUUAUUUAAGUUACUUUUGUCCUUUUUGUAGGAUUCCUAAUAUAACCGAAGCCCUGUUCAUCUGACCUAAACUCGGUGUCAUAGGUAUUCAUGAGUCGAAUUUGUAUUUGAGUUGUUUGUGAAAGCCUCACACAGGAAUGUUUUACACAAUUGAAUGCAAGAGUUUAUGCACCUUUUUUUUAUUUAACAUGAAUACGAAUCACAAAUGAUGCAGAUUGUUUUUCAGGUUGCUUAGUUUGAUCGCCCAUAUACCGAUAUCCACGUGUGACACAACUGCAUUUCAGGAGUUUUUGCAAAAAACCAACUCAAAAUCUCCUUUUUAACUGGGUUUGUUUUACUUCUGAUGUCUUGACUUGUGAUUUAUGCACUCCUCACAAGCAAUAAUGUGACUUACAGGACCUAUGACUAGUGUCUUAAACUCUACACUAGGUGUUUUCCUCGACGCUGUUUGAGCUUGGUUCAGAGAAACCGAUUAGACAAGAUCUAGGCUUGGUCUUUGCUCGGAAAACCCUCCUGUGACGUGUUUUGAAGGCUGUAAUUUACCUGCGCUGAUGCAGGAGCAUCAUGUCAAGUCUGUAAUCCGUGUGUGUCCUCAUCUCAGUGUGUGUGUUAGCCUAGUCUCGGGUCAAGUCUUCACCAUCACUUGUGUUUCUAGUGCUGAGAUUUAUUCUGGACUUACUCAGGCAUAUCAAAUCAAAUGUAUGCUGCAUUUUUUAGACACUUAACGACCAUCCUACCACAUCCCUUAAAAUAAUGAAUACUGUUUCGUGCUCCUCAAAACUAACUGAUAUUAGCCUCUUAGAUGAGUUCGGUUGUAUCACUAAGAUGGAUAUACUCAGGCAUCUCACUUCAUUGGUUUUAGUGGUCGGUGUUUUUGGUUUUUAAAUUUAAAGGAAUGGUUCAUAGAUCAUCCAUCAAAUUUUAAAGUGCCCCUAUUACGGUGUUUCGAAAUGAGCUUUCAUGCACAGCUCUGCGUGAAUAAACAUACUGCAAAAGUUUUAAAUCUGAAAGUGCGCCAAAGUUAUUGUCUCUCAAGAGUCGACUCUGAAUGAUUGAAAAUGGUUUCUUGUUGUCUGCCCGCUUGUUACGGGCACAGACCUGUGAAAAAAAAAAAGCCAAUUCAUUAUUUGCUAUUAGGUGCUGCGUUUGGAGCGUUAAAAGGUUUAGGACUCCUAAAACCAAAACACGGACCUUUCAUAACCUGUAACAGGGCCACUUUAAGUUUAGUCAUUUUAUUGGCUCUCACGGCGUUCCAGUCCUGUAUGACGUUUUCUCGAAAGUGUUUGUUCUUGCAGUUUUCCGUGCAAUGAAAGUGAAUGGGGACCAUGCAUGGCAAGCUCGAAAAAUGGCAUAAACAAUUGUGCGCUAUAUUUCAAACCUAUUAAAGCCAUUUGAUGGCUUUGUGACCGUGUUACCAUUUAAAAACUUCAAUAAAUGAGUAGUAAAGCCACAUGCACGAAGACAUAUUUAAGACUACAUAAAAAUGACUAAAACCUUAAAAUUAAAUUGAAGCCUGAAAAUGCAAAAACAAACAGUAGUUAAAAAGAUUAGUAAACUACGUGAUGGUGUAUAUAAUCUGAAAACUGAACUGAAAAUUGUAGCUGUUUUAAUGCAAGUUCAGUUUUCGUCACCAUUCAAUCAUAUGGCUUCUUGAAAUUUAUUUGUAUUACUGCACAGCCAGAAAGACCAAAAAAAGUGGAAAAAAAAAAAAAUUUCAUAAUUCUCGUUCAUAAUGUUGCCGAUCUGUAAACGGUUUAAUGUUCCAAACCCCACCGACUUCCAUUGUGCGGACGCAAAUAUUUCUCAAAAUAUUUAGUUUCACAGAAACAUCAUACAGGAUUGAAAUGAAAUGAAGGUGAGUUAAUGAUGAAAGUGUUUAUUUCUGUGUAAUCAGUCAUUUUAUUUGGCUCUGGGUCACUGAAUGCUAUUAUUUUGUAGAGAAAAAAAAAAAAGAAAAGCAGCUUAGAAGUUCUGCUAAACAUUUUUUGUCUUUAUAUAGAGACAACAGGUUUGGAAUGACAUGAGGUUGAGUAAAUGAUAGUAUUGUGUUUAUUUUGUGGUUGGUCGGUUGGGGGGGGGUGAACAUAUUUUAAUUUACUUUAAAAUCCAAAGAUGCAUUUCGCAUGCAGUCUGAGCAUUUGUUGCACCCCAAAUCCCUUUAACCGUUCUAGAAUGAGUUCUGUAGGUCAGUGACUGCAACAGAUGCGUGUGGUUCUCAGCGUCUCCUGUAACCCGAUGUCACGUGUGUUUUGCUCAUACUGUGGUGAGCAGUAGGCAGAAUAUUAGAGUGUAAAAUUUAGAAGAGCAGGAUUUGAGUAACUCUGCGUCAGUAAAAGAUGUUUCGUUCUUUCUAAAUCCAGUCAUGAAGUGGAAACGCUUGAUAUCUUAUGUUUAUUAGGUGGUUUUGAAGUGCAUCUUGGGAAUGUGUAUCUGUGGGAGAGCUUUGUGUUUUAUGACUAUUAAACAAUCGUAUGAACUCA